CGACAUUUUAAUAUUUUUUUAACAUAGUUUGUUGGUAUAAAAUAAUCUAGUAGUUUCUUCUAUAGAAAUCAGUAGAAAAAUUUAAGAAACUAAGUUAACGAAAUAAGCUGAUUUACUGUAUAAUUUUCGUGUGUGAGUCAUCUUAAAAAGAAAAAAAAAAGAAAAAGAAAAUCAAAAGACGAUUCCAUCUUUAUUUACGUUUUAUUGUGGAAAGCUAUUAAAAUAUUAAUAAGUAUACUAAAUAAUUAAAUUUGUGUUAAAGUAUUUUUAAAGCAAGCAAAAUUCAUUUAAGAAAACUAAUAAAUUAAAGAUGUACGAUCCCAAUCAAGGAUAUCCGCAAGGAGGCUAUCCACAAGGAGGAUACUCGCAAGGAGGUUAUCCACCACCAGGAGGCUAUCCACCACCACAAGGCUAUCCCGCAGGAGGAUACCCACAACCUGGUGGUUAUCCACCACCAGGUGGAUAUCCUCAACCAGGUGGCUACGGACCACCACCACAACCAGGUUUUGUACCCCCCGGAGGUGGAGGAUACAGUUCGAGUGGAUAUGGAUAUGAUCCAGAAGCUGGAGCUUCAAAUGAAGAUAUAAAAGGAAUUGGCUUUACGGAUGAAAGUAUUCGUAGAGGUUUCAUCAGAAAAGUAUACAGUAUUUUAAUGAUUCAGCUAGUGAUUACAUUUGGUAUUGUUGCUUUGUUUGUGUACCACAUGCCAACACAAAUUUGGGCUAAAAACAAUUCGUAUAUGGUUUGGGUUGCAUUAGGGGUUUUAUUCGUUACAAUGAUUGCAAUGGCAUGUUGUGAAAAUGUUCGUCGCACGGCACCAACGAAUAUGAUAUUUCUGGGUUUGUUUACGCUUGCUGAGUCAUUUCUACUAGGUUUUGUGUCAUCAAAUUAUGAACCAGAUGCUGUUGUCAUGGCUGUUGGUAUAACGGCAGCUGUAUGUUUGGCAUUAACAUUAUUUGCCCUGCAAACGAAGUGGGAUUUCACGACAUGUGGCGGGGCAUUGUUAGUAAUACUAGUCGUAUUUAUGCUAUUCGGUUUGAUUAAAAUAUUCUUGCCACAUUCAAAGACAUUGCAAUUGGUAUAUGCAUCACUUGGUGCGCUCAUAUUUUCAUUUUAUUUGAUUUAUGAUACUCAAUUGAUGAUGGGCGGAAAACAUAAAUAUUCAAUAAGUCCAGAGGAGUACAUUUUUGCUGCAUUAAAUCUUUAUUUGGAUGUUAUUAAUAUUUUCAUUUACAUUUUGCAAAUAAUUGGAGCUUCUAGAGACUAGGAAUCGGAGUAAAUAUAAGAUUUUUAAGAAUGUGUGUACAAGGAGCUGGAUUUCAUUUAUUGAAUUGAAAAGAAUACUAAAAUAAAAGAAAUAGAAAAAAUUGAUUAAAAAGAAAUUUAAAGAGAAAUUUUUUUAUUAUUUAAAUACUGAUCAUGUGUACAAGAUAAAAUAGAUAUUGAAUGGAAAAUCCCCCUCUUUUAUAUGUAUAUAUUUUUUUUGGUAAUUUUUCUUUUUAAGAGUUGUGAUAAAGAAUUUAAGACAAAACAAAAACGAAAUAUGUAGUAGAAUCCAUGAAAAUUAUUAUUUAUCCUUAACUAUAAUAGUUUUUUCUGUAAUAUAUUCGUAGCAUACUUAUCGGCUUUAAUUUUUUGAAAGGGAUAAAUAUCAAGGUUUUCGAAUCUUUAUAUGCAUAACCUUUUCAAAACUACAUAUUUUUUAAAAAUAAAUAAUUCUGAAAAUUUUAAUAAUUUCAAUUUACUAAAUUUUUUCCUAAAUCUAAAUGUUGCAUAAUAUUUAAAAGUCAUUUAAUACAUGUUAGUUCAUUUCCUCCAAAGCCACUUCAAACCUUUGAAAUUAUAUAUAU